AUGGUGAGCGGGGGCGAGUAUCAGGACGUUCUCGUGGACGCCCUGCGCGGCGCACUCGGGCGCGACAGACCGCCUCGUCCCCCGCCGGUCCCGGACGACGUCAAGUCCGUCGGGGUGCAAACGCCGGCGGCAGUGCAGAAUCCGGGCGGCCUUUCCGGAACUGACGAUGGCAUUCCCCGCGGCGUGUGCCCCGCGUGCCGUCGCGCACCCGCGAACUGGCGCGCAUGCGGCGAAUGCCAGCGAAUAUGCGCGGACGGCGGAUCUUCCGGCGGCGGCGACGACGACGACGACGACGUCCGCCCCUCCCGCACCCUGGCGAGCUGCCUGCGGCGAUCCAAAUCGCGAUGCCUGUUCCGGACCUGGCGACGUCGGGUCCUAUCGUGCGCCGAGGAACGCCGCGACGUCGAGAAGGCGACGAGACACCGGUCGGGCGUCAUCUUUCGAACGUGGCGGGAGGCGCGGCGCGCGGUUAGGGUCAGGGAACACGCACACGCCAAGGCGUCCACCUUUCACCGCCGCCGAGCGCUCAAAUCCAAACUGGCCGCGUGGCGCGUCCACGCCCGGCGAGUCCGCCACCUCACCGACUUGACACGCUCCCGACACCAGGAGAAGGUCGUGCACGGCGCGUUGAACGCGUACGUUCGCGUGCGUCGCCUCGCCCCCGCGUGGCGCGCGUGGUGGAGGUUUCACGUCACGUGCGACGUCGCCCGCGAUCGAGCGGAACAACUCGGCGAGGCAAACGUUCACAAUUUUUUCCUCGUCGCCGCCGCGUUCGGCAAGUGGAGAACGUCCAUCCUGCACACGAGGCGCGCGCGGACGGAGCGUGUCGCCGCGGACGUGGACGCCAAGACGGCGCAGUUGGUCGAACGCGAGCGGGCGCUGGACGAGUUGACCGGCGCGAUCAUUCGCGAACACGUCGAUCGGACCGACGUCGAAUUAAAACGCGCGUUGCGAAACGAGGAGAGCGUUCUCGAGAAGCUUCGAUUGAUGGAGCUCGAACUCCGUCGGAAGGACGUCGUGAUCGAGGGUCGCGAAGCCCAAAUCGCGACGUUGACGGAAGACGCGAGGGCGUUCGAGGCGACGUUGGCGAGACGGGCGGUGGAGGCGUCGAGGGCGGAGCGCGAGAUCAUCGUCGCCGAGCACGAGCGGGAAGUCGCGUGGCUUCGCGCCGCCGUGGAGCGCGCGUUCGAGGAGUGCGUCUGGUACCGCAAGCGAUACGGCGCCGUGGAUCGCGACGACGACUUGCACGCGUUCCUCGUGCGGAUCGCGGGUAAAGAUCGCGCGCGUGAGAUGUUGCCGCGGGGCGCUCGGCUCCCGUGGGUAGAAUCCUUCGCGCCCGAGCGGGACCAGCUCGCGACGCGUCUGGGUGGGCCGAAGCAGAGACGGGCUGGUCCCGUGGGGUCGCGAGUGCUGGGCGGGGUGCCGAGGGUGCCGAGGCACGGGCGAUGGGGCGGCGCGCACCCCACGCACCCGGUCACCGCGCCGUGGUACCCGUCGUCGACGUUGAGAGCGGGCGGGGGUUCGAGCGUCGGGGGGGGUUCUUUUCCGGGGUUUGGAAAAGGCGUCGGUGGGAGUCGCGCGGGGCUGCGGGCGUCGGAUCGCGCGUGGGAGGCGCACCGCCGGGGUUUCGUGCUCGCGUCCGCCGCAUCGAACGCGCGCGACUUCGCGGCGUCCAAGUUGGCCAUCGAUGUCCGGGGUGACGCGACGGAGCACGCCGCCGCGACCCCACGCAGAUCCGUUGAACACGAGGUCCAAUACACGGUUGAGAUUCCUCCGAGCGCUGCGAAGACGGCGGACUCGAGGCCGACGCCGACGCGAAAGAGCCUCCUCGAUGAAGAGGAAAGUCCUGACCGCGAAAAGGCGUGGAACGACGAGGCGCGCACAAGCGCGGACGACGUGAGCGUGCGGAGCGAACGAGAGAAGGCCGCGAGCGUCAUGAGCGUCGCCGCCUCCAUGCUGGAUUUCGACGGCGAGGAUGACAAAGAUUCGGCGAGCGCGGCCGUGUGUUCGGACGACAGCGACGACGACCUGUUCGCCGCUCGGGUUAAACCGUCCGUGAGGGUUAAACCGGCGAUCGCGGCGGCGGCGAAGGGCGGGGACGAUAGCGACGACGACGACGACGACUGGAUGUUCAGAGGGAAGGGGGUCAAGGCUUAG